CACCUUGAUACCUCCUCCCCGUCGCUCUCAAAGAUGACAAUGGCCAUCGACAACCAACAACGCUUCGGCGGCAUGAAUUUCGACCACAUGCCCUACACGAGCAGCCCUCAGUUCACCAAUCCAUGGACCUCGUCGUCAGCGCCGUCGCAGAGCCACAGCCUCUAUGCCUCCUCACACAACCUCAACCUCGACAGCAUCGCGAAGCAGCAGCAGCAGCAGCAACAACACCAACAACAGCAUCAGCAGCCGCCGCGCAUGCACAGCGGCGUUGGGUCGUAUGCCAACGUCCCAAUCCCCGCGGCAUCAGCAGGUAGCCCUCUCUCGACGGAUGCGUAUGCUCCGCACCCUGUGCUCACCACUCCCCAAGAUCUGUUGAACGCGAACCGGCCGAUGCCCCCAGGCUAUGGAAACGAGGCCGCAUACUCGAGCGCCCCGUCGCCGGUGCACGCCAACUACCCCCCGACCACGGCCCCCUAUGACCCCAUAGGCUACGCCCCCGCACCCGUCCGCUCGACGUAUGCGAUCCAGCAGCAGCAGGAUGCACGACGGCUGUCACAACCGGGACUCCAGAACGAGUCGACCCGAAGCUUCGGCGACGCGAUCGAUGCCAGUCGGGGCAUGAUCGCCAUGAGCCAGAACACCACCCCGCGCAACAUCUACGGGGCGCAAGGGCGUGUCGGGAGGGGGUCGGGUGAUUCCUAUGGCUUCCCCCCGGCGCACUCUACAAACUCCUCCAUCUCCUCAUCUGGUACCUACCCAUCCUACUUUGGUGGCUCCGUCGACUCCUCUGUGAGCGACUACUCGAAUACGGGCUCUGACAUCGAGUCAGUUUCAUCGCGGACGCUGCCGCGGCCAUCGGGGCUGCUGAGCGGGGGCAUCCCCCCGGCGCCCCAGUCGAUGAUGGGACAGUUCAGCUCCAAAGUCUUCUCGAGUACGCAGAAGAAGCACAAGUGCAAGGUGUGCGACAAGCGGUUCACCCGCCCCAGCUCGCUCCAGACGCACAUGUACAGUCACACCGGCGAGAAGCCAUUCUCCUGCGAGGUCGAAGGCUGCGGCCGGCACUUCUCAGUCGUGUCAAACCUGCGGAGACACCGAAAGGUGCACAAGGGCGAGGCGCGAUCCGAAGCCGGGUCAGAGGAGCAUCAGUCGGACGAGUAGUCCUACCGUAUAUGAAAAUCACGAACACCACUACGCACUGUCGAUAUUCUCGCCAUUUUU